UAUUGCGGGAAGGAAGAGGGGGAAAGCAGCCUCCAACUCCCAGCAUACCUUGCGCGCCAGGGCCGUGGGAACGGGGGACGGACUCCAUUUCCCAGCGUGCCCGGCGGCCGGCCUCGCGCUGGCUGAGGCGACGGUGUGAGGGAGCCAGGGCUGUCGAGUGAAGCGCCUCCGCCUGUCUGCCUGCCCGCCCGGCCUCCCUCUCUCCCCCGGUGCCGCCGCCUGAACCGAGCCGCCGCGAUGCUGGAGGAGGCGGGCGAGGAGGUGCUGGGCUCGGUGCUGCUCAAGGCCUCGUGCCUGCCGCUUAGCUUCCUGCUGGUGCUGCCGGCCGUCCUGCUCCUGCUGCUGGGCCCGCCGCCCGCCUCGGCCGCCCACGAGUUCACCGUCUACCGCAUGCAGCAGUACGAGCUCGGCGGGCAGCCCUACGGCACCCGUAAUGCUGUGCUGAACACAGAGGCGCGCACGGUGGAAGCGGACGUGCUGAGUCGGCGCUGCGUGAUGAUGCGGCUAAUGGACUUUUCCUACGAGCAGUACCAGAAGGCCCUCCGCCAGUCAGCCGGCGCCGUGGUGAUCAUCCUGCCGCAGAGCAUGUCGUCGGUGCCUCAGGAUGUCAUCCGGCAAUUCAUGGAGAGAGAGCCCGAAAUGCUAGCCAUGGAGACCAUCGUGCCGGUCUACUUCGCCGAAGAAGACGAGGAGCUUCUCUCCAUCUAUGAACAAACCCAGGCGGCUUCUGCAUCGCAAGGCUCAGCCUCUGCCGCUGAAG